AUGUCUUCAGCACCCACCAUGAAUGGCGCAAACGGCGUCCACCUUAAUGGACAUUCCCGUGUAUCACGCCCUCUCACCGCGGGCAUAUAUGCACCCAUCCCCUCGUUCUUCGACCUGGAUACAGAGGACUUGGGUAAGCCAAACUCCUGUCGAUGUGCGUCGCUAUCAUACCUAGAUGUCGCGACCUUCACUUCCCAUCUUGUUCGCCUGGCGCAAGCGGGAGUCCAACCCGUCCUCGCGGGCUCCAUGGGCGAAGCCCACCACCUAUCCCACAACGAACGUAUCGCCCUCAUCAAGGCCGCCCGGGCCGCACUCGACGAAGCUGGCUUCACAACCAUGCCCAUCAUCGCCGGAACCGGCGCUGGUUCUACGCGCGAAACCGUCGAGCUCUGCAAAGAGGCAGCCAGUGCUGGGGCCGACUAUGCCAUUGUCAUUUGCAGUGGUUACUUCGCGGGCGCACUUGCUGGGAACAGGGAGGCCCUUAAGACCUUCUGGACUGAAGUUGCAGCGAGGAGUCCAAUUCCCGUGAUGAUCUACAACUAUCCUGGUGCCGCCGCUGGCAUUGACCUUGACUCUGACCUCAUCUCGGAGUUGGCCCAAGAAUGUCCCAACUUGUGCGGUGUUAAGCUCACGUGUGGCAACGUGGGCAAGCUCACCCGUAUCUGCGCCACAGUCUGCGAUCCUUCUUUCGCAGCACAGAGCCCGCGCGUGAACCCGGACGCGCCCUUCCUCGUUCUCGGGGGCUUUAUCGACUUCGUGCUCCCGACUGCGUACGUGAAUGCGCACGGUGCCAUUACGGGUCUCGGAAACGUCGCUCCCUACACGAUCAAGAAGCUCUUCGACCUAUCCGAAGCCGCACGCACGGACCCCUCGCUGCUGCCCGAGGCGCGCCGCCUGCAGGGCAUCGUCGCCCGCGGCGACUUCACGAUUGCCAAAGCGAACAUCUCCGGCACCAAGGCGCUCCUCGAGAAACUCUACGGAUAUGGUGGGCGUCCGCGCCUGCCGCUGCCCCCGAUCGAGCCCGAGGUGGUGGAGGCGCUAUGGGCCCACCCCCACACGCAGGAGCUCGUGCGCGUCGAGCGCGAGCUGAGCGGCAAGGCCAAGGCGUGA